AUUUAAAUCGUAGCAUGUUCACACGUGUCGGAAUACAAUUUAUUUACAUUUUAUAUUUUUUUAAAUUUAAUUAUUAAUUAAUUAAUAAAUUCAAAAAAUGGGACGUAAAGCUAAAUAUGGCGAAGCCGCUGUUCCUAAAGGACCGGGAAGAAAAGCUAGAAAACAAGGGGAUCCAGUAUUACCACGUUAUUUACAAGCUGAGAAAAAGGAAAAAUCAAAUCCACGUGCAAAAAGAAGGUCUGAUUCUAUGAAAAAAAGACCCAAAAAAGGUGGGAAAUUUCAUAAAGACGGUCCUGCAUUUAAAAAACAGAAGGUCGUUGCUAAAACUGAGUCUGAGGAUGAAUCUGAUCCGGAGUAUGCUUCUGAAGAAGAGAAUCAGAUGAAUGGUGACGAAGCAAGACCUGGAUUAUUCGUUAGACAGAAGCGUGAUAUUUUAGAUGAUGGUUCUGAUGGUGAAGCUGAAGGAACUGAAGAUGAAGAAGCUAAUGAAGGGUCUGAAGAUGAAGAAGUUAACGAAGGGACUGAUGGAAAUGACGAAAAUGAUAGUGACGAAGGUGAAGACGAUGAUGAUGAUAAAGACGAAGAUUUACUUCCCAUUGAACGUGAAAGUAAAAGAUUACAAAAGCAACAGGAAGAAGAAAAAAAACUAGAUGAAGCAGAAACAGACGAAAUGGUCCGUCAGUGUGUCUUCGAAUUUCCAUCUGAAGAAGAAUUAAAAGAGCCAAUAAGUUUGAAAGACAUUCAAACCCGUAUCCGUGACAUAGUGAUGGUACUAAAUGACUUCAAACGUCUCCGCGAUCCAAACCGUUCCCGUAGCGAGUACCUGGAGCUUCUCAAAUCCGAUUUAUGCUCUUACUACAGUUACAACGAAUUUUUAAUCGGAUUACUCAUGCAAAUAUUCCCUCUAGGUGAGCUUAUAGACUACCUGGAAGCCAGUGAAGUCCAGCGACCUUUGACUCUGCGUACAAACACAUUGAAAACACGCAGACGAGACUUGGCCCAGGCUUUGAUUAAUCGUGGCGUGAAUCUGGACCCUCUGGGAAAGUGGACCAAGGUCGGUUUAGUUGUCUAUUCAUCACAAGUACCAAUGGGUGCUACACCAGAGUACUUGGCUGGACACUACGUACUCCAAGGAGCUUCAAGUCUAUUGCCAGUUAUGGCCCUAGAUCCCCAAGAAAAUGAACGGAUACUUGACAUGUCUGCAGCACCAGGUGGCAAAGCUUCUCAUAUUGCCGCGCAGAUGAAAAAUACUGGUGUUCUUUUUGCUAAUGACGUUAAUUCUGAUCGUCUGAAAGCUGUUGUUGGUAACUUCCAUAGAUUGGGAAUUGUCAAUUCUGUUAUUACGAAUUAUGAUGGUAGGAAAAUUCCUGGAAUUAUCAAAGGAUUUGAUCGUGUGCUGCUGGAUGCGCCUUGUACUGGUACUGGAGUUGUAGCUAAAGACCCAAGUGUCAAGACAAAUAAAGACCAAGCUGAUAUCCAACGCUGCUGCACUCUGCAAAGAGAAUUAUUGUUAGCUGCGAUUGACUGCGUCAAUGCUAAAUCCAAAGCUGCGGUUAUCGUUUACUCUACGUGUUCUAUUUUGCCUGAGGAAAAUGAAUGGAUUAUUGAUUACGCUCUGAAGAAACGUAAUGUCAAAUUACUGCCAACUGGUUCGGACUUUGGGGAAGAAGGUUUCGUUAAUUAUAGACACCAUCGCUUUCACCCAUCGUUGAAACUUACGAGAAGAUAUUAUCCGCAUACGCACAAUGUCGAUGGAUUUUUUGUUGCUAAGUUGAAAAAGUUUUCUAACGCGAUCCCUUUGAAAAAUAAAGAGGGUAAAGAUGAGGAAGAAGAAGAUAUGGAAGUGGGUGAGCAGGAAGUUCAAGUGGCGAAGGAGAAUGAAAAGGUUGAAGGGAAGAAAAGUAAAAAUAAAACUUCUAAUGGUGCGAAUGUAAAAAAUGGAAAGGAAGAAAUGAAGAUGGAGGUGGAAGCGAAAAGUGAGAUGAAGAAGAAAAAGAAGAAUGAAAAGGUUGAAGAGAAGAAAAGUAAAAAUAAAACUUCUAAUGGUGCGAAUGUAAAAAAUGAAAGGGAAGAAAUGAAGGUGGAGGUGGAAGCGAAAAGUGAGAUGAAGGAGAAAAUGAAGAAUGAAAAGGUUGAAGGGAAGAAAAGUAAAAAUAAAACUUCCAAUGGUGCGAAUGUAAAAAAUGAAAGGGAAGAAAUAAAGACGGAGGUGGAAGCGAAAAGUGAGAUGAAGAAGAAAAAGAAGAAAGAUAAAGGUGAGAAACAAAAAAAUAAAUUUUCUAAUGGACUUGCUGGGAAAAACGUUGAAGAUGAAGAAAAGGCGGAAGUUAAAGAGGUUAAAAUGAAGAAGAAGAGAAAAGAAGAAAAAAUUGAAGUAGAAGAAACGAAUGCUCAAAUGAAGAAGAAAGAAAAGAAAGAGAAAAUCAGAGAUAAGAGUGAAAAUUUGAAAAAUAAAAUAAAAAUCAAACAAGAAAUGAAAAAAAAGAAAAAAAAGAAUGUAUUUGAAAACAAUAUUUUUAUACCACUUAUCAAAAUGGAGCUCAACUCUAUAAUGUUUCACCAAUCGGAUGUGAUUCUUUCAUCUAAUCUCCAACAUUAUUUGUCCUUCAUUUAUAUAUUUUUUUAUUUAUUCGAACACCUUUUUAAGAUGAAUUUUCCCAGUGACAACAAGGAAAAGUUCAGCAAAAUUAUUAAUUGGAGUUUAUUGGUUUUAUCAAUCAUUAACUCAAUAAUGCCGAGACCACUGCUUGUAUCAGAUGAGGACUCAAUAGCUGUUAUAAAAAGAUAUAUGAGCUACUUCUGUUCAGAUACCUUGCCAGCAUACUCUGCUGAGGUAUGGUCGAAAAUGUCCAAGGAACCAGAAUUUGUGGGUAAAUGGAAUACUGCAGCAGUUAGGACCAACAUAAAAGACAAUCGUAGGGGGAUUUUGACUAGAGCAAGAAAAGAAUGUGGAUAUUUUUCCCAAAUAAUUAAGAAAAAAUUCACUUAUAGUAAUAAUGAUGAUGAUGACAAUGACAGCAAUGAUAAUAAUGAUAAUGAUGACAGUGAUGAUAAUAGCGAUAAGGAUUAUUUUAAUAAACUAUAUGCUAAAGAGCGGGAUGAUGUUCCAUGUUUUCAUGUUGAAAUUGCUAGAGGUGUUUGGGAAUGUAUGUAUAAAAAAGACAAUAGUUGUAAAAAUCCUAGGUUACAGCCGAAAGUGUGGACUGACACUAUUGCCUUUGAAUUAUGGCAUCAGUUUGAACUACCGUGUGCCUUUGUAUUUAAAAAAGGCACAAUUCAUGAAAAUGGAAAUUAUUAUGCGACAUUUAUUGGCAAGUGCAAAAGUAAAGUGUGCAAUAAUCCUAUUUUUGGUUACAUCGAAAACAAUCCUGGGGACAAAGGUUCUGUUUUUAUUAAUUUUCGAUGCCGGGAUACUCGUUUUGAAGUUCAUGAUGAAGUUACAAGGCCACUGCAAGCCGAGCGAAGAAAAAUGUUUAAAACUAUGAUCGAUGCAAAUGGAGUUAAGGGAACUAUUUUGGAGCAAGCUAAAGAUCUGUUAAAACCAGGUAGUACUCAAUGUCCUGUUCUAUUCAAUUCUAAUGUUUUAUAUCAAGUAAAGAAAGAAUCUAAGGAAGAAAAGUUGAAUGUCAAGCCAGAAGAUCGGAGAGAUUUGAUUAAAGCUAUUUAUCGUAUCAACGAGGACGAUAAUCCUGCUCAUCAAAAUUUUAUAAAAGUUGUAAUUGAUACGCCUUUUUCAGUAUUUUAUGUUUCACCGCAACAAAUCCAUUGUUAUAACGAAUACAGGCGUCUUCACAGACACUAUUCUUCUGUUUGUAUUGAUGCUACAGGAGGUCUUGCAAAAAAAUUUCUAGACAGCAAAAAUAAAACUACGAGUAGUAUUUUUUUAUACCAAAUCGUAAUUAAUUUUAGUAAUACUUCACAAUCUGUUUAUCAAAUUUUAUCGGAAAUUCAUGACACUAAGACCAUCAAAUUUGGACUAGAAAACUGGCUUAGUAAAGUUUCGCCUCCGACAGAAGUAGUCUGUGAUGGAUCUCGUGUCCUUUUAAAUGCCUCCUGUUUAGCUUGCAAUAAUUUUUCUUUAUUUGAUUACGUUAAUAGGUGUUUUCAACAUGUCAAAAACGGUGCUUCACUUGACUCUGUAAAAACUUUUAUCAGAUUGGAUACGGCUCAUUUUAUUCAUGCUAUAAGUGGCUGGAAAUGUUGGAAAUCGGUUAUUCAUCCAAGAAUUAAAUCAUUUUACUUAUACAGUGUUGCAUUAUUGAUGGAUUGUAAUAAUUUAAAAGAUUUUGAAAGAAUCCUUGUAUUAAUUUUGAUUGUCUGUGGCACCGAAUAUGAUGAUUCUAUUGUUGAUUUUGAUGGCGAAAUGAUAACUACAAAAGCAGCAAGGUCAGAGUUGGAAAAAUUGAUUGCCAAAAAUGAAUCUCAAGACUUUAUUAAUAAUAUUGAAGACAAAAUUAAAACUAUGGAGUUUGAUCAAGAAAAAAAUGAAACUUUACGCCGAGAGACCAAUACUGAUUUAUUAGAAAAAGACACUACUAUUUCAAGUUGGAUAAAUAAUCUUGUCGCUUUUUCAUUGAAUGUUCAUUCUGAUGGUAGUAAUGAUAUUAAUAAUUUAAACACUUUUUAUGUACCUCUAUUUAAAGAUUCAUUACUUAAAGAAGUGAGAGAGUUUCCGCUAUGGACGAAAGUUUGUAUUCAUUACACGAGUUUACGAGCAACUUCUGCGUACAUAGAGCAAGCGUUUAAAGAAUUGAAAGAGUUAUUAGGUAAAAUGAUUUCUCUCCCUGCACGUGUUGAUUACUUAGUUAAAGCUCAUCUUAAACUUAUUGAUGGUGGUGUCAAAAUUUUUGAACGCGAAUUGUUAAAAUUCGUUAAGAAUUACCAUGCUAAUAAGCAAAAAAAUGAUAAAAUAAAUAGUAAUCCUGAAGACGAAUUAUGCAAAGAAGAUUGCGAACCUAACGAUAAUUUACUCAAUGAAAAUUGGAAUGGACAAGGAUAUGAUAUGAAGCACAACGACUGUGAUUGGUUAGAUUCAGAUUGUCAUUUAUUCAAUGAAGAUAUUCCCACCAAUUUUAAUACUGAGUCAUUUAAUUCUUCUGAAAUUGAUAAUAAUAACGUUUUAGAUAAUAUUGAUUGUAGCGCAAAUGAAAAUAACGAAAAUUUAUAUCAGCCGAAUUUAAAUAAUUUAGUUAAUCUUGAUCACAGUUAUUGUUCCGAUAAUAAUUCACCAUUGAAUGAAAACAGUUUCGAUGCCGCUGUGGAAAAAAAUUUAAGAAUGAUUAAAAAGGAAGGUAAAUACUUCAAAAGUUUUCCCGAAAUCAAUUUAAUAAACAAUUUGGCGCCUUCAAACAAAAAAGAAGAAUUUUUAUUACAAAAUGGUAAUAAAAGCGGACCUGUCUUUUUUCAAAAUGAAUCCUGGUUUGCUUUCAAUACGUGCCCAUUCGACAGUAUUGUUCAGUUGAUUUUCUAUGGAUGUUUACAAAAUGAAGAAUUUAAUAAUUUUGUUAGCAAUUCUUCAAAUUCCACUUUUAAUUUUGUUACCGAUUUUAUGUCAACAGGAUUAAAAAAAGAUAUCUAUGUUAAACGAUUUUCUAUUUUACAUCCUAUCUAUCAAGACACUGAAUGCACACAAAAUCAAAUGAAUAUUGCCAAUCGUAAAACUAAAAACGUAAAUCGUUGUAUUAAUUGUGUAGAUAACGUGAAUAGUUUGUGGAUUAAAUUAUUUACAAGUGAACCAAGUGCAUUCGAAAAUAAUUCAUGUUCAUCAUUCGGCUGCCAAGAUUAUCAACGUAAUAUACCGGUUUUGACUGCAAAUUAUAAUUUAAUCAUGGAAAAAGGGUUUAAAUGUUUGCAAGAAGCAUUACAUUUUAAAAGCAUAGCUUAUAAUAAAUUUUGCACAAGCUGCCAAAAAAAACAAACAACCUGUAAAACGACACUUAAUCGAUAUAUUUACAUUGAAUUAGACGUAAAAUCGGUAAAUGAAAAAGAUGGAACUUCAUGUAAACUUGGUGAAUUACCGAAGUGUUUGGAUUUAAAUGAAACACAUUCAUCAAAAAAAUUUAGUUAUCGCUUGACAGGGGUUAUUGGUUAUAACUCUUUUCACUACAUCACAUAUUGUAGAAACUUGACAGGAAAUUGGCGAUUCUACAAUGACCAACUAGAAAAGUCUAAAUUUAUUAGUGAACGCACGAAAAUUGUACCUCAUGGGAUUUUUUACACUUUAUUCUCACUGUAAAAAAGAAAAAUAUAUUUAUAUAUUUCAGGUAAUUUCUUCAAAUUUCUAUAAUUUUCUUUUAUUUGUUCGAUCAAUUAUAUUAUAAGAGAAAUUUUUAUUGUAACACUAAAAAUAAUUUUUUGUUUCGGUUCACAAUAAAAAUUAUAAAUAAC